GUAACGUUACAGUAUGUACAAGAAAUACUGUAGGCUAGCUAGGUGAGACAGGAGUAGACCAUUAAAAACAUGCGUUAAAGCACCAUAUUUUAGGCAUUAAAGAACACCGGCUAAUAAACAACAACAACAACCGUUCAUUCACAGUAACGUUACUGGAACUGUCACCGUUAAAUAGAGACAUAUUUAACGGCUAGUAGCUACAUGAACGUAAACAACUCAAAACCCUCUUGAUGACACAGUGAAUGUAGCUAGCUAUAUGCUAGGCUAGCUUAUCCUCUUAAAUAUAUAUUUUCUAACCGAAGACACUGCUUAGUAAACAGUGUUUACGCCACCGUCGACGGUUAACUACUGGACAUUUGCGUUAGUUAGCUACCAGUCUAGUAUGAAGAGGAAAGUAGGCUAAUGUCGUUAUACGAGGUCUGAAGCCGAGAAGUACUCGGGUCUUUACGUGAAUCAGAUAAGACACGAAGUGCAACCUCGUCCCACAACUGUACUGAAGCUCCGCCAUUGGUUAGACCGUCCAUCCGCCGGGCACUGGGCUGCGAAGGAAGGUGGAGGCGCGCCACUGAAUGACGGCCGGAGCUUUGUUGAAACAGCCUCCGGAACCCACACGGGCCUACCUAUUAUACAUUUACAACGUCUAAAGAUAUCAGAUGAAAAAGGAGGAGCGCCUAAUCGUUUCUAUAAUCACCGGGGGAUGUUGCGGACUGUGCGCGGACUGUGUGACGGGACGACACGCUGUGUGAGACUGAGCGGACGUUUUCACAGGUUGAUGAUCCGUAGUUGGCACCGAGCAGGGAAGCCAGCUAAAGAAAAUACAUGGUUGUAGGCUGUUUCUAGUGACACUGGCUUACAUUUAAAAGAGAACUAGGCGGUGCUUGCUAAUUCUGAAAAAAACAGACCUCCGCCCAGAAUGAGACAUUUAACGUUUGCAGGUUGGAGUUUAUUCGUUGAAGUUGACGCUCAGACUUGGGCUACAAGCAGCGUGUAGGAGGCUCGUCUUUCUUGCACAUUUUGACAGAUAGCCAAUCAAAUCUGUGCUCUUAUGUCAGUGACCUAUAUCUCAUGCAUGUGCGCCAAGAGCCCACAGUAACCUCUCCAUCUGACCAGACAUCAGCACAGCAUGGGAAUCAACGGGCUAGACAAUCAAGCGCAUCCGUCCAGUGGAGAGUCCCGGACGGAGGAGCCAGAUUCUCAGACGGAGCAAAGAGAGGCUCCCCAAGAAGCAGCAGACAGGAGCAAGGCUGACCAGGCGGCAGGCAGCGAGUGUAAAAUCGUGCAGGAGGACAGCACCGUGCAGCUGAUCGAGGCCGGGAGCAAGCCGCCCCUCUCCCCGGCUUCUGAAUCGGAGGCGGUUGUCCAGGUGGAAGAGCACGGCCACGGAGCCGCAUUCGUCCCACCAGAAGGAGGUUUCGGCUGGCUGGUGGUUUUUGCAGCAACUUGGUGCAAUGGGUCGAUCUUCGGCAUUCAAAACUCUUUCGGCAUCCUGCAUAUGAUGCUGAUGAAGGAGCAUGUAGACCCAGACGACCAGACGUCUCAGUUCAAAGUGGCAUGGGUUGGGGCCCUGGCCAUGGGCAUGAUCUUCUUCUGUUCACCGGUGGUCAGCAUGUUCACAGACCGCUUCGGCUGUAGGAAGACAGCUGUCAGCGGGGCAGUGGUGGCUUUUAUAGGGCUGCUCAGUACAUCCUUUGCAAACUCCUUGAGCCUUCGCUAUUUCACAUAUGGGAUACUGUUCGGCUGUGGCUCCUCAUUCGCCUUCCAGCCCUCGUUGGUCAUCCUCGGCCACUACUUCCGCCAGCGCCUGGGCUUGGCCAAUGGUGUGGUGACGGCUGGUGCCAGCCUCUUCUCCAUGGGCCUCCCGGUUUUUCUCAACAAGGUAGUGGAACCUCUGGGCCUUAGCAGGACCUUCCAGAUCCUCAGCCUCUUCAUGCUGGUUCAGGCCCUGCUGGCGCUGAUGUUCAAACCUUUACUGCCUGCUGGAGGAGGCAUGGGACCCCCAGGCAUGGGUCCUGGCCCUGCCAAACCCCAAACCCAGCCAGGGGCCACUGCUCAGGAGGGGAGCAGGUGGAGCAGGGUCCUGGAUGAGGUCAGGAAGUACUUCAACCUGCGUGUGUUUCACAUCGUGACAUACCGGGUGUGGGCGUUUGGAGUAGCCACAGCUGUACUGGGCUAUUUCGUGCCAUAUGUCCAUCUGAUGAAUUUUGUGAAGGAGCAGUUCAAGGGGACCCAGAAGGAAUGGGUACUCCUGGUUUGCAUAGGAGCUUCAUCUGGGGUGGGACGCCUCGCUUUUGGGAAGCUCGGAGACCUCAUUCCUGGUCUUCAAAAGAUCUACAUGCAGGUGGUGUCCUUCAUGGCUCUGGGUCUGAUGUCCAUGAUGAUCCCUCAGUGCUUGGCGUUCGAGGGGCUGGUGGUUGUGUGCGUGUUCCUGGGGCUGUGUGACGGCUGCUUCCUCACCAUGAUGGCUCCCAUAGCGUUUGAGCUGGUCGGGCCCAUGCAGGCUUCGCAGGCCAUAGGCUACCUUCUAGGCCUCAUGUCUCUUCCCAUGACUGCGGGUCCACCCAUCGCUGGUCUCUUACACGAUUAUUUUGGGAACUACACGGUGGCCUUCUCCCUGGCUGGGGUGCCUCCUAUAGUGGGGGGCGUGGUGCUGUUCUUUGUUCCUCUGAUACACCGCCGGCUCCAGGCAGCGGCGUCACCAGAGGAGACGUCCACAACUGCCCACAUGCUGCCCACCGCCCCACCAGUGGGGGAGCCCAAGAGCUGCUCCAAUGGAGACAUCCUGCCUGGCUAUACUGACGUAGAGACACACAUCUGAGUCGCACUGAACAAAGGGAUUCAGCCUACCAGCACCUUUUUCUUCAUCCUUAGAUUUCCCUCCUCUCAACCAUGGACUUCCUGCUGGCUGACCUUUAACCCUCUCACCCUUCCUGGACUCUCAUGGGCUGUUUGUUAUUUUCAUGUGGAGAGAAAUUGAAAAGGGCGCUCUGGCUACAAGCCACAGAGGGGGCAAAAGAAGGCCCGUCAGCAUAGGAUGAUGGGAAUGUAUACGGAGGAUAAGCACAACACAGUCUCAACAAGGAUUGUUUAAUCAGUGGGGACUCUGUAGUAACAAAUACCUCCAAGAGGAAAGAAAUGAAGAGAUUUUAACCGACUGAUUUAACAGCAUUAAUUUUGCUACUUUGAAAAGAAAUACAAUGCUUUGUUUCUAGAUUCAUAUAAACAGAUUGAGAUAAGAGGCAUUUAAGAAUUAGUGAAGGGAUACAUUCACACUUUCUUUAUGUAGUACCUCAUGCAUCUACAUUUCUUAACACAACACAUUUUAUUUAGUUUGUGUAGCUGAAUCACAAUCUCACCUUGAGUGAAUUGCUUUAUUCUCUUUGCUGUUUUCUGCUGUGACAGAUAGAAGAGAAACCUGUUGUAAAUGUCACAAGAGGAUCAGCCACCAGCCACAAUCACCUCAUUUCAACCACACACUGUACUCACACCCAGGGUCCAAAAUACUUCAGCAAAAUGACUUCAACUACUCUACCAGCCUGGCUGCAUGGGAGACAGAUGCUUGAUUGUGGCUGCUGUUGAUACCAACUGAUUCAUAUGCCAUGACCCCUUGAGUGCUAGAUUUUUUUCAUGGUUUGAAUUUAGGUCAGUGACUUUGCAGCUUGUGGCAGGUUAACUAAUGCAGUUAGUAGGGGUGAGUCAUGAUGUAUGAGCUGUGCAUCUGCUGCCUCAAUUCAUGAAACUUAAGUAAUACUACAGUUGAUAGGUCUUCUCGUGAGUCUGUACAGCCUUAACUCUCAGCAUUUGUUUUUUUUCCAAUCAGCAAAUUGGAAAAAAAACUCUACAGUUAUUAUUGGCCUUUUGAAGUUUUAGCAGGGUGCUAAACAAAUCUGCAUGAACUGUGUUUGUUAUGACUUUGAAAAAUAAUUCACAGUA